AGAUCUAACAACCGUCAACCUCAACGAACCAAUCAGCGGUCAGCAUCGAAACGACCACAAGUAGCACAUUUGAAUGCGCCAGCGAAUGAGAAAGCAGCAACGAAGAGCCGCGACCAAUCGAGCGAACACACCUGAAGGCGGCGCGUCGUGUCAGAGUCAGACUCGAGAGUAUAUGAGGAACCGCCUGCAGCCGAUAUAUAGAACGUCCUGUCAGUGGAGUCGACGGCUUUCACGUCGGUAGUGCGCGGUCACGAGUGAGAUACUCGUUCCUACGAAGACCCAAGGAGUGUGCGUAUCAGCCCAGCCUCACGUUAUCCCACGCGCACGUACCGUCGUCCGUCGUCCGUACGCGUACGUCCCUGUCGCCGAAAACACUUGGCCUGUCGGACAUCUCGUGACCCGCGCGGGGCAAGGCAAACGCCGCGGCCACUCGCUGCUCCCAUGAGCCAGCCGUCGUAAUGAGAACUGCUGAUCGUCACCGUCGCCGUCGCCGUCACCGUCAUCGAGUGCCAGUCUCCGCCGACGUUCAACCUCGCUACAUACUAUCGCCCGUGAACAGCCUCUUCCCCCGCACGUCGCCGAGGUGGUGGUGGUGCCCGUGAGGACGAUGCUCCGCGUCGCGGAGAAGCGUCAUCGUUAGUGCCGUGGCGUCUCCUCUGGCUUACGCGCGUCUCGCAACGGUUGGCUGAUGGAUUCCGUGUGAGAGGACAGACGAAUGAGAAGGACAGAGAGGGAGGGGGAAGAGAGAAAGAGAGAGAGAGAGAGAGAGAGAGAGGAGUCAAGCGAGAACCUUUGCGGCAGCAGACGUGCAUCGUCCUUCGCGUGGGCUACGUCGUCCUCGAGGAGAGACAGAAGGUCUUAAUCUCGAGGCAUCAAACAGUCGCUGAUAAAGUUUCGCGUUAGAGCUGAGAGACAUGGACAGUUCCGAGGAGCCGACCAGCUUGCAGUCGAUAUGCCAUCUACACGCCUCGGAGUUGUUCCCGAAGCAUUCGCACUUCGAGUGCGAGGACGAGACGUUGACGAUCCCGUUUACGCCGCUGAGCGGAGAGUCGGUCGUGGCACUGGGACGCACGUCGGACGGGGUUCUGGCGCUCUCGAAUUACAGACUCUACUUGCAAUUAAGUCAAGCGUGUUACAACAUACCUCUGGGUCUCAUCGAGCAAUUGGAAGUCAAGGAAAUUUUCUAUUUGCACAUCGGAUGCAAAGACGCACGCUCUGUAAGCUGCGCAUUUUCCACUAACGAACAUUGUUUGGAGUGGUACAAACGAUUACACAAAGUGACCUACCCGCGGAAGAAUGUAGAGGAUAUAUUUGCGUUCGCCUAUUAUGCAUGGUCCGUAGAAGAGGGGAAAGAUUAUCCUAGGCUCGGGAAAGAUAAUGGUUCUUAUAUUACCACUUUUAAUUCGGAGGUCGAGCGAUUAAAGUUCAAUUUACACGGUACAUGGCGCAUAAGUCAAAUAAAUAAGGAUUACCGGAUGUGUCCAUCCUAUCCGCCACAGCUUUUGGUUCCUGCAUGCAUUUCCGAUGAAACCCUCGAGACUGUUGCCAAAUUUAGAAGUUCCAGGCGAAUUCCGGCCGUUGUAUGGAGGCAUGUGAACAACGGCGCGGUGAUAGCUCGCAGUAGCCAGCCGGAGGUUGGUUGGCUCGGCUGGAGAAGUUCCGAAGAUGAAGAUCUUCUAAAGGCUCUCUCAGACGCGUGUAACUAUGAUAAGGGCGAAUGCACGAUGAUAGAUUCUCCCAUCAUAUACUCCGAUGCCGGUGAUGAUACGAUUACGCCAAAUCCACCUAAGAAAGUCUUAAUCGUCGACGCUAGAUCGUACACGACAGCCGUAGCGAAUCGGGCGCGCGGCGGCGGUUGCGAAUGCCCCGAGUAUUAUCCAAGUUGUGACAUACAAUUUAUGAAUUUGCCGAACAUUCACUCGAUACGGAAGAGCUUUCACGCGCUGAGGCAGCUCUGUGCGUCGGACGCGGACCAGCCAAAUUGGCUGAGUUUGCUAGAAGGAACGCGAUGGUUACAACAUAUGUCGGGCUUGCUACGGGCAGCAGUCACCGUGGCGUCCGCGAUAGAGAGGGAUGGUCGACCGGUAUUAGUGCAUUGCAGCGACGGCUGGGACAGAACACCGCAGAUCGUAGCGCUGGCACAAAUAUUGCUCGACCCGUAUUAUCGUACUAUGGAGGGAUUCCAAGUUCUAUGCGAGAGAGAGUGGUUAGACUUCGGACACAAGUUUGCGGACCGAUGUGGCCAGACUAUUGGCUGCGACGACCCCAACGAGCGUUGCCCAGUAUUCCUUCAGUGGCUCGACUGCGUCCACCAGUUAAUUCUGCAGUUUCAGUGUAGUUUUCAAAUGUCCGCUGCGUAUCUCGUAAAACUGGCGCAGCACACGUACUCACAGCUAUUCGGCACAUUCCUGUGCAACACCAGGCAGGAGAGGCGGCAAUUGAAAAUACGCGAACGUACGUUCUCCGUCUGGCGUUUCCUCAACUCCACUUCGUUCGUGAAUCACUUGUACUCACCGUUGAAGAAUCAAGUAUUGUGGCCAAGUUGCAACGUGCGCGACCUCGUCUUAUGGUCCGAGGUGUAUUUAGGCUCAAUGGAAUCCUCGCUCAGUGUCAAAGACGACAAACAGAGGGUGACGAUGAUAGACAUCGAAGGCGGCGACAGCGAAGAGCCGCAGGGGCAAAUGACGAAGACGAGGUCAUACGGCGACCUCAUGCACGCACCCGACCACGCGGCUUAUCUGCACCGAAGGCUUAGCGAUCCAAGUAUUUCCAUGGAGAAGUAUGUAAUCGACGUGGACCACCAGCGGACGCGGCGACAAGUCCCUGCGCGUGACGUACAAAAAUUCGAUUCUCUGACGCUUGAGACUGAAACGGAUCAGAAGGAUGCAAAGAGCGUAGACGUGGAUAAUAAGAAUGAAGCCGCGAGCGAAAACCUAUCGGAGACUGAUAUUAACUUAACGAAAUGCAACGCGAAUCAAACAUCCAGCGAUUCGCCCGCCAAUCCGUCGGUAGACAGCUCCACCGACACGCUGAUACCCAAUAACGACUCGGUCGUGCCCGCGACGAAUGACGAGAAGGAAGUGUCACAGGCGAAUUUGUCGCGGGACAUCGUGUCGCCGUGGAUCGAAACCGGCACCACGGCGGGACGUGGCGCUGCCUGCUCGUCGUGCAUUCGCAAUCACAACGAGGGUAGUGACGUGAGUGACACCAGCGCCCCACUAAUAUCAAGAACUCCCAGUAGCAUAUGUCCAGCUUCUCCGACCCAUCAGGACGUCAUACUAGAUAAUCCUGACUGGCUGGACGACGUUGAUGGUCUUCCCGUCAUAUGUUGCGACGUCCAAAUGCGAAUACAACAGAUUAUCGUAGAGCAUAAGUUAAAGGAGGAAGCUUUGAGGAAGGAAUUACACACGACGAGGUUGGCGCUGUUGAAACAAGUAUGCAAUCACAAUCACAAUGUAGAUACCGAUCGCAUCGACGACAUCGGCUCGUUACCGGACUCCGUAGGAAGCGUCGGUGAACACGGUGAGUCCUUGCCGUCGGACAUGUCGUGGGAAGCGGUGGACGAGCUGGCUCCGGCGCCUACCCUCUGGGUGCCCGAUCACGCUGUGACUCAGUGCAUGGGAUGCAACACGAAAUUCUGGCUCGGUAGACGUAAGCAUCACUGCAGAUGCUGUGGUAAGAUCUUCUGCGCCGAUUGCUCCGAGAACUUCAUCCCGCUGCCUAGCGAGCAGCUUUACAAUCCCGUGAGAGUAUGCAGCGACUGUUUCUCGCGUGUGCAACCCCCCCACAACGCGAGCUCCUGCCAAUGCAACGCCCGUCAACAUCAAAGCAAGACGGAGAAUGAAAACGAGGUGACACCUCCGACGGCGGCGAUCAACGGCGGUGAGACAACGCUACAACCGUCUCCGUUGCAGACGUGCCUGAGAAUGAAAAACCUGCCCACGACGAAGGACACUUGCUGCGACAACCUGCUGCAGGCGUCGCAUCAGAAAGCGCAACCGUCCGUCACAGCGGCCACGGCGAACUGAGAAACUUGGUCCUCGCGACGAAGAUACGAGCGAGAGAGAAAACCGAGGGGAGGAGGCCCGUUAGGGAUGUAGUCCCCGCUUUUGCCGAUCGAUUGCCGUGAGCGUCGUCUAACUAACGCGCGACGCUCUCGUCGCCGUCGGAUUUCUACACGGAUUUUGUGACUCGCGUUGACUCGUACGCGAUACACGCGGACUAACUACUGCGUCUAGAUUCUCCUAAACGAUCUAAUAUUUAUUGCUAGGGUAAUGAUUUGUACGCCAAGAAAUGUAUAGCGGGUGACGGAGAGACUCUGCGGUCUGUUCUCGCGCAGAGGAAUAAGAAAAAGAGAGGGAGAGAGAGACAGAGAAAGAGGAAAGGAGAGAGCGCGAGAUAGGAUCAGUAUACGAGGUUGUAAAUAUCUUAGGAGUAUCUCGAACUACGAUUUCCGGCUUCUUCUGAAAGAAAGGAGAGAUCCUCCGAGCGCUUACCUGUUUCCAGGUAUCUCCCCACGCUGUGAGGAUGUUGAAAGUGGCAAGUUUAAGGACAGGCUGUGAUUGACGUCUACUUUAAAGAAAAAAAAAAAAAGAAAGAAACAAAAGAAAAGCGCGACUACAUACGGAAUGUGAAAAAUGCUAAUUAAUUGUCAAUUGAUUAUGAGAUGAAAACGGAUUAAUUAGCAAUCAGAUUGGGGGGCAGAGGGAGAAAGAGACGACGAGACCGUAUUUCUUAUAUUGCCGCCGAGCUGUACGAGAGAAUUGGGAUAAUUAAAUAUCAUUAUCGCAUUGCACGUAUCUGUCGGACUCGCAUCUCCAGGACCUACAUUAUCCGUUGAUCCUUCCUACUGUUGUCGGUGAAUGUGCAUCGUCCCGAAAAAGUUGGAAUCUCGAAGUCUGAGAAGUGGAAAGAUUUCUCGAAAGUCAUAAUUCUGAGGUAUAAAUAAAAUUGCUUCAGGGAAAGACUUGCGAUUGCAAGUUCAAAGAAGAGAACCAAUAGAUUUGGAAGAAGGUGGUGUGUCAAAUAUCCAGAAAUUAAACGUGGAGAUUAAAGGCACAUUAGAUAGAAAAAAAAAAGGAAAAUUAAUAGAUAAUAACGUAUCUAGCUCUGUAAGACAACUAUAAUAUAUUUCGUAUCAAACUGUAUUUCAGGAGAUUAUUGCAGUAUUCGGAUCUUGGUAUUAUGACUUUUCAAGAUGCUGUCACACUUCUUAGAUUUCGAUAAAUUCUUUUACGGGACAGUAUAAUCGAUUGAUUGAGAGUUGCAAUACUUUUCUUCGGUGAGUCUUGUGACGUAUUCCAUACCCAACGGAAUCCGAAAUGUAUUUCUCGUAAAUAACUAAAGAAACAAAGUCUUCUACUGGAUAAGCUGUACGUCACGAAACUAUUAAAAAAAAAUCUCGCAGCCUUUAAUCAACGAUUGUACACGUAUCCACAUACACACAUACAUACACAUCCUAUUAUUCAGGUCUAUUGUAUACAUCCCGAAAGGAUACUCGUCAUUUCUAUUAGGUCUCGCAAUUGUUACACUUUGUUAUAUGUAAGAAUCGGUCCGCACGAAUUUAAGUAUGUUACGUAUCUGUUUGUUAUAUUGAUUUUAUCGCUUUAGUCCGCUAAAACAGGCGAGAUACGCUUUAUAUUUCAGGUCGAAACGCGAAAGAUUCGACUGAGCUUUUCGAUCAUGGAUAUUUGACAAAUAAAUGAACGAUGCGUGCACGAA